UUUUAUUGUGAAGGACGCUGAUCGGGACUCGGAAGUGUUUGUGUUCCUGGUUGAGAACAUCGAGCGUCGGCCUUGACUAACAAACCUAACAGACCUCCAACGUGCUGCCUCUCGUAACAAGUCAGCCAAUGAGAACAAUUGCGGUCCUCGGAGGAGGGAUUGGGGGUUUGGCUACUUCUUACUACCUCUGCAGAAAUCCCCAGGUUACCAAGGUAAUUGUGUUGGAGUCCAGCAGUCGUUUUGGAGGUUGGCUGUGGUCUACUAGGAGGUCAGAUGGUGCUGUGUUUGAACAUGGACCCAGAGGAAUUCGACCUGCUGGGGCUGUGGGACGCAACACACUCAAUAUGGUGGAGGAACUGGGUCUUGAAGGGGAGGUUCUGCCGGUCACCUACAGCCACAUCGCAUCCAAGAACAGAUAUCUGUAUGUCAAUGGACAGCUUCACAAGAUGCCUUCAAGAAUAAGUGAACUCUUGCGGACAGUCCCACCCUUCUCUCGCCCCCUCCUGUUGAGUGUUGCUUCUGAGCUACUGGUGACUAAAAGCAAGGAGGACGACGAAUCCAUCCACUCAUUUGUUUCUAGGAGGCUUGGAAAAGAGUUGGCAGAUAUCGCUGUGGACAGUUUGUGUCGUGGUGUGUUUGCAGGGGAUUGCAGAAAGUUGAGUGUACGCUCCUGCUUUCCUCCUUUCUACAACGCAGAGCAGCGCAGAGGUUCUCUGAUAUUAGGAAUGCUGCUGGGCUCAGGUCCGACUCCUGUGAUCUCCCCUGGCUCUCUGGCUCAGAGAUCCAUAAAAGAGUCGUGGGCCCAGUGGUCUCUGAGAAGAGGAGUGGAAUCCCUCCCAGAGUCUCUGGCUGAGUACCUGCAGCAGAGCGGGAAAGUGCAGCUUCACAGAGAGGCAGCUGUUAAACAGAUUCAUCCUUCAGCCUCUGGUUGGAAGGUUCAUUUGGAGGAUGGAGUCGUAUCAGCUGACCACAUCAUAUCUGCACUGCCUGCUAAAGCCCUUUCCUCGGUGCUGCCCUCCUCCUGUCAGCCUCUCAUCCAGCAGCUGCAGGACGUUUCCUCAGUAACAGUCGCUGUGAUAAACCUGGAGUAUGAAGGCUCCAUCCUGCCUGUAAUGGGUUUUGGUCACCUGGUUCCUUCAUCAGAGGAUCGGGGUUUACUAGGAGUGGUCUAUGACUCCGUCCCCUUCCCUCAACACAACAGACCCGAUGGACAAACAACCAGACUGACGGUCAUGAUGGGCGGGGCCUGGUUCCAGGAAGUGUUUGGACCCCCAGAGGCAGUAACAGAUGAGCAUCUUAUAGCAAGAGCCACUGAGGCGGUGCAGUGCCACCUAGGAGUCACAACAGCACCCAUCUGGAGCCGAGUAGCUCUACAAAGGGACUGUAUUCCUCAGUAUUAUCUGGGACACUUUUCAAAAGUGGAGUCCAUGCGUCACUUCAUAAGGGAAAAUAAUCUACCGCUGUCUCUGACUGGAUCCUCCUAUGAUGGCGUGUCAGUUAAUGAUGUCAUCUUUAGUGGACGAACAGCUGUACAGGAGUUGUUGGGAACUGGAGUUUGAAGGAGCUUGUCAAAAUUCAAACAUGACAACAUCCAGCCUCCUGUGUACCAGCACUUCAGUCUGCUGUAUGCACAGAACAUACAUGAAUAUGAGUGUCAGUGAGAGACCACAGCCUAUGGACAUGAACAUCUGUAACUUUUCCUCCUGAAAUGCCUCCUACUUACCAACAAGCACACGUCUAAGGUUGUUGCUUGUAUGAGCUUAUGAGGAAAAGUCAUUGACAUCAGCUGUAGUGGUUUAAACAACUCAAGAUGUACAUAGAAAAUACAAAACUGUCUGAAUGUCUCAUGGCCGAGCUGCUCCAAACUGUGAAUGAAAUUAGGACCCAGUAAUAAGCUGCAUUAAUUUAUUUCAAAGCAGAUUACACAUUUUGUGGUUCUGAGACCAACACUAUUUUCUAAUAAAUAGAACUGCCUACAGAUUUUAACUAAAGCUUUAUUGUACUCAUGAGCUGUUUUUCGUGCUCUUUUCAUCACUUGUUGAUGUUUAUGGCUUGUUAUGUAGUUUUUUUAAAAAAAGGGUUUUAUUGCUGACAAAUUUCAGUAUAUGGCCUGAAUUUGUGAACAUCAGCUAAGUCCUCUUACUGCCACACUGAGGUGGUGUAUGUUGGAAACAGAGCAGUCCUGUCAGUGGGUUAUGGUCAGGAGUUUUGUGAGGAUUCCAGGACAUAUUCUAUCUCAUAACUCCAGAUUUAAUAAUUCAUUCUGAGAAGAUGUAUCCACAAAGAGGCCCUAACCUAUCACAAGCAAAAUAAUAAUAAAAACAAAUGUGUUCAGUUCCAAUAGACACUGAUUGCAGCAUUAGGUCUGACUUACAAGUAAAAACAAAAAACAGCCAUAUCAACAACUUAUAAAUGGUGGUUUUAUUUGAGGAAGAAAAAAAAAUGUAACACCUGUUCAACCUCAGAGACUGGACAGGUCAAAAUAAGAAUAAAACUCAACAUCAUCUGUCCCCUGGUGAGCACAACACAUGAAACCCCACAAAACAUUAUCUGAGGCCCAGUUUUUUCUUCUCUUUCUGUUUCUUGCGAACAACUUCAAUGUUGCGGUCCUUCCACAUGCUCUUCCUCAGUUUGAUGGGUCGACUCCCAACGUACUUCCCUGGACAAACGGAAAAAACAAAGUGAAAAGGACACAGAGUCAGAUUUACAUUCUGUCUAAAGUUUUAAAAAGGGAAUGCAAUGGAAGCAAAGAGGGCCAUCAGUUAAUGAAUGUAGGUCACCAAUUCAGUGACAUAAAUGACCAUCCAGUCAUAAAAUGUGUAUAGAAACAUCACACUAUAAAUCUUGUUCACGUCUGUAAAGACACUGACCGUUCAUCUCUCUCAUGGCUCUGACGUAGUCGUUCGGAUCUUUGAAGCUCACAAACCCGUAGCCUUUGGUUUUUCCUGUCCGUUUAUCUCUGACCACCUGAUGACGACAAAUGGGAAAGGUCUGUACAACUUCAGAUCCAUAAAAACUGCAUCAUUCCAAAUUAAAACCUCCUCAUUAAAUGACUGGUGUAACCUGUCUUAUUUGUUUAGAUUCAACAAGUCUGGCUGGUGAAAUUAAACUCCAGUCAUUUGGUAGAUUGGUAGAAGAGGGGGCAAUUACUUUUUCACAAAGGCCAGGGUUGGGCUGGACAGCAUUUUCCUUCAAUAAAUGAAAUCAUCAUUUGAAAACUGCAUUUUGUGUUUUUUUCUGGGUUGUCUUUGUCUUACUAUAAAAUGAGUUCAAUGAUCUGAAACAUUAAUAUGUGAUAAAUCUGUUGGGGGACAAAUUUUUUUUUGCAAAACAGGAGGCAACGCUAAGCCUCUGACUCACAUGAUGUACAAGGACAUUCCCAAACAUAAUACUAUGUCCAUUGAUAUCUUUGUUGAAUAAAUGAUUUAAAAGGCA